AUGGGCAACGCCAACGCAAAACUGUGGGAGGCGGUGGAAGGAGCCGAUGUGCGCACCCUGUGCGAGGUGCUCAAGCACAAGGAGGUGGACAUAGACCAUAGAAAGGAGUACAAGCUAGGUCGAAGGAAUUGGAACCAGGUGGGGAAUGGAGGGAAUGGAAGCGACGAAAGCGGCUCGCCAUCAUCUUCGCUCUCAUCGAUCAUAACGCCAGAUGGAACGUCGGGAGGAGGUGGCGGCGGAGGAGCACUCAGCGAGAUGAAGUACAUGUUUCAAGGCGUGGACAAAGACGUCCUCACGCCCCUCCACGUCGCCUGCAUGCGCGGAAAUCGCGAGAUCGUGGCUCUGCUGAUGGCCCACGGUGCCGACAUCCACAUCAAGGCCGUUCACGAACGAUACGGCCCCGCCUCGCUACGCGCAUUUCGCAAACGAGGGCGCAAGAUCCUCAAGAGAUACGAGGAGGAGGGCUACAUCGACGAUCCCCAGCAGCAAGGUGGCGCUGCUGCUGCGUCCAAGCUGCACAAGAGCGCCAAGGAGAUCAAUCAUGGCAACACGCUCCAUCGAUUGAACGUCAACGGCCACGGCGGCGGGCGGGCUGGUGGAGGUCACCAGCGCUCCUUCUCCUCCACGACUGCUUCUUCGACGGCGUCGGCGCUGCAGCCCUACCGGCUCGGCGAGGACGCGUCGUCGAUGCACCGCCACGUCUCGCACGACGAGGGCGGGCUCAGCGGGGCCGCGACGAUGCGGGCCGGCGGCCGGCAGGGCGCCAGGGGAGACAACCCGCUCGACGGCAUGGACUACAUCAAGUACUGCCAGUACACGGCCCUCUACUACGCCUGCAAGUACCGCAGCAAGGAGGUGGCCUACGACUUGAUCUUGCGGCACAUCGAGGACUCAGCACGUGUGAGGUCGACACGAGGCGGGACAACGGACGUGGAGAAGGCCGCCAGCAUCGAGAAGAAGCUCAAGGGAAUCCUCACCAACAACUGGGUCGUCUUCAUCGAGCUUCUCAUCGACCAUCGCGCCGAUUUUGUGGCCUCGCUCUGCGACGCUGCUGCGCGGGGCGACCUCCAAAUUGUGGAGCUUCUGCUGGGACUGGGCGCCAAUGUGAACGGAGAGGAGAGCGAGACGGUGGAGAAGGUGAUACUCGAGCGCAAGCCAUCCAAGUGGGACACGACGACGCCCUACGAAUACAUCAGCAGGGAGGACCGGCCGCUCUACAUCGCCUGCCACAACGGGCAGCGGGAGGUGGCCGAAUACUUCCUGCAGAUGGGGGCCAUUGUACAGGACGAAGAUGUCAGCACUGCUCUCGAGUCCGGCUUCAGAGAUAUAGCAAUGCUUCUUCUCGAUGCGCAGGCGCAGCAGUCAGGCCAGUCGCGUUCGCAGCAGGAGAAGUCGCACAUGCCGGCGACCUCGUCGCCCGCCAUCGAGCACAGCAUCUACCCGAUCAUCGAGCCGCAGAUUCCCCCGCGGAUCCAGUCCCCUCCGGCCCUCGUUGUCGACCAGCCGCCACCACAGUACCAGUUCCACCACCAGCAACAGCAGCAACAGCAGAGCGGACUCUAUCCGCCGCAGCAGCAGCCGCCCUACCUGCACACCUCGAACUCCUACGCGCCGAUCACCUACCAGCAGAUGAACUCGUAUCGAGGCGGCCAGCAGUCCACCCCGCCCGACAGCCCGCCGCAGGGCUCGCCGCCCAGCCCGGUGGGCGGCCUGCCGGCGCAUCACAUCCCGGCGCCCAGCCCUCGCGGCGGCACGCCGGACCCGUACGGCCACCACCAAGUCAUGAGCACGUCAACCACGCCCACGGGCUCGCCGCAGCUCUACUCGUCCGCGUCCAUGCCGCAGCCGCAACUGCAGCGAAACAUUUACGGCGCCUAUGCGCCGACGGACGGCGGCGUCGGCCGGCCCUACUUCGCCCAGCCACAGGCGGCCUAUCAUCCGGCAGAGCACCAGCCCCGCGCGGCCACGCCACAGCCCGUCAUGCCGGCUCCUGCGCCGUACUACCCCAGCCAGCAGCAGCAGCAACAGGCUGCCGGUCCGCCGCCAUCUUACAUGCAGCACAUCGUCCAACAACAGCAGCAGGCGCAAGCACAAGCGCAGGCGCAGGCACAAGCUCAGGCGCAAGCGCAGGCGCAGGCACAGCAACAGGCCGCCACCAACAUGUAUCAAUCGUCGGCGAUGGUCUACGCGCAGAUCCCAAUGGGACAGCCCUAUCCGCGUGCCGUGCCUCCCAUCCCGGCACCCCAGCCUGUCUACCAGCAGCAACCACCGCAGCCGCAGCAGCCGAACCUUUACCAGCCGCAGCCGCCGCAGCAACCACCCCAGCCCGCCCCGUCGCCACACCUACGACUCAACUACGGACCCGGCGCGGGCCACUUUGUCGCCCCCUCUGCUCCGGCCUAUAUGCCGCCUCCGGCCCAGCCCCAGGGCUAUGGACUCGCGCCGCCUGUGCCGCCGCACCAGCGCAAGCCCAGCGAGGGAGGCCUGGCCGGCGCCAUGCCCAUCCCUAAAUCCGACGGCGCGAUGGUCCUCUCCGAGACGGGUUCGAGCGACUACAUCCACAACGAAUACGAAGUUGACUACAGCGAGGUGGAGGUGGAGAAGGAGCUCGCGCGCGGAAGCUUCGGCAUCGUAUUUACCGGCAGAUGGCGCGGCACCGAUGUGGCGAUCAAGAAGCUCGUGAAUCAGAACCUCAGCCAGAAGGAGCUCGAGGAGUUCCACGCUGAAGUGAACGUGAUGAACCAGCCGCCCAACCUUUGUAUGAUAUGCGAGCUGAUGACCGGCAGCCUUUGGGACCUGCUCCACCGGCGCAAGGAGGUGCGACUCGACUGGAAGCUCGUCAUGCGCUUCAUCACCGACACCGCCAGGGGCAUGAACUACUUGCAUCUCUUCAAGCCGCCAGUGCUCCACCGUGACUUGAAGACCCCCAACCUUUUGGUGGACAAGGACUUCAACGUGAAGAUCGCCGAUUUCGGACUGGCCAGACUCAAGGCGCACGUCAUGACCGGCAACCUGGGCACGUGCCAGUACAUGGCACCUGAGGUGCUGAGGAACGAGAGCUACACCGAAUCGGCCGACGUGUACAGCUUUGGCAUCAUCGUGUGGGAAAUCGUCGCCCGAGCGCCUCCAUUCCACGGGAUGCAGACCAUGCAGAUCGCCUACUCUGUCAACCAGGGCAUGCGGCCGCCCAUCCCCUCCCACUGUCCUCUCCCGCUGCGCGACCUCAUGCAGCGAUGUUGGAACCAAGACCCGCGCCUGAGGCCGUCCUUCACCGCCAUCCUCAACCAGAUCAAGGGCAUCAAGCUGUAA